AGAAGAAGAAAAUGAAGCAGAAGAAGACGCUUACGCAUGCGCAGUAGACGUAACAACACCAAAGCAGUUUUGAGCCUGAUGAAAUAAUGUUUUGGUUUAAUGGCAGCAUUCCCGAUGCCAUUAAUUUGGCUAAACAACGGAGUUUUGUCUUUGUCGUCGUAAUUGUUGGGGAAGAUGAACAAUCCGCCAACUUGAUGUCUAGCUGGGAGGACGACAGUGUCUCAGAGACUGCUCAGAACGGUUGUGUGGCGGUUAAAGUCGACGCCAAGAGCGAUACUUGCGUGCAGUUCUCCCAGAUUUAUCCAGUGGUGUGCAUUCCCUCCAGUUUCUUUAUUGGAGAGAAUGGCAUCCCCUUGGAGGUCAUCGCUGGCAGCGUGUCUGCCACAGAACUAGAGAUUAGAAUCAACAAAGUGAAGCAGAUGCAUGCGCAGCAAAUUGGAAAACAGCAACAAGAAACAACACCUCCUGUGAUGAUCAGCACAACGCAACCUACCCUCGCCGGAUCCUCAGUUCCAUCUGUGUCCCCGGUAUCAACAGAAGAAGCAGAGGACGGCUUAGAUCCUGCACAGGCUUGUGAAGCUGCUACCUGUGGCCAGUCAGCUGCGGAGAAUGGAUGUCCAGAUACCAGUUUAUGUUGUCCGGCUGAAACAAACAUGGACACAAAAGUGCAAAGAGUAAAGAAGAGCCUGGAGGGCAGGCAAAAAACAGCAUCAGAGGAUGAGUGCAGAGCGGAAAGAGCAGCCCUUUAUGCCAAAUUCUUGGACGAAAAGGCUAAAAAGGUAGCACAGCAGGCCGAACAGGCAGAGGAAGAAGCAAGGAAGGCCGCUAUUGUGAGGCAAAGGAGCACCAUUGCAAGGCUCCAGUUUCGCCUCCCAGAUGGAUCAUCCUUCACCAACCAGUUCUCCUCUCAGAGCAAACUGCAGGAAGCUCACCAAUUUGCUGUUCAGGAGGCUGGAAACCGCUAUGGUAACUUCUCCAUGGCCACCAUGUUUCCUCGACGGGAAUUCACCAGUGAAGAUCUUAACAAGACGUUACUGGAACUAGAUCUUGCCCCAAGUGCUUCCAUUGUACUUCUGCCUUCUGGCAGGGCUUCUUCAGUGGUCCCGUCCUCUGGAGGUGGUAUUUGGGCGGUUCUGAACACACUCUUCUACCCGAUUCUCAGCGUAUGGCGAUUCCUAAGCUCUUUGAUGUUUGCACCUGCACCGCAAGAAACAUCCAGAAGCUCUUUCCCUUCGUCUCACUCUCACAGCAACUCUGCAGCUCGCUCUGAUAAAACCAAAAGAGAGCCUCUCUUUGUCCCUCCUGAGAAACAGCCCAAGAACUUCAAGAAAGACGGGAAAAUCUGCCAGCUCAAGACUCAAGAGGAUAGCGAGGAUGAAAACAACACCUGGAACGGGAACUCCACUCAGCAAAUGUAGCUUUGAAAAAGCUUUCUUUCUGCUUGUAUCCACCCCCCUCCCCCACUUAAGUCAGUGACUUAACGGUCGGUAAUAGUCAGCCAUCUACUAUUAUAUUCUUGGAUUACACCAGAUUUGGAACCUGCAUGGUUAAAUUGGUAUAUUAUAUUUCACCCCCCCCCCCCCCCCCAAAUGAUUGACAAACUUUAUUCUGAAUUUAGAAGACAUUUUGCAGGUAUACAGUAAAUAUAUAAGAAAACUUGGUUUGCACAUUUGCAUUUUUAUUGCUAAUCUAGUGCAAAAAGUGGCAGGCAUAUCAGCCAAAUCGGAUUUAUUCAACCCCACACCGUAAAUGGCAUUUCAUGAGAUGAGCAAUUUGCUAAAAUAAUACUUCAAAUGAUAGUGGAAUAAUUCAAGUGCUGCUGUAUGUUUCUGUUGAGUGUGUAGGUGUGUUCUCCAUCACACAUUUAAAAAUAAAAAUAUUUCCCAAAAAAUCUCUCAUGUAAUUUGAGUUCUGUUUUUGUUGUGUUGAAGAUGAUACUGUGUGUUUUGUAUUUAAGAUAAAUUAUCCGAACCUGCCGGCUGUAAACCUGACAUGCGAGUCGAAAUUGAAAGUUGCUGUGCACUCAAAACCAAGGAUGCGCCAAUCGAUCGGCCACUGAUUUGUAUCAGACGAUUUCUGUGAAAACAUUGAUCACAAAAAAUGAUCACCCAAUGUAGUUCAAGUAAAUUACAAAUUUGUCUUGUAUUUUAUCGGAGGAA